AUGUCAUAUUUUAUUUCGAAUUCAUACAAUCAGGAAUCUUCGCAUUUAUUAUCACCAUAUGAAGCUUUCUAUGAGCCAUCAAUGCUGCCGAGAACAAUCAUUCCAAUUCCUUGUGAUUAUCAAUACAAUUCAAGUUCAGUAUCAAUGUUCGAUUAUUAUCAAACUCCAACAGAUGAUUAUCAUUUAGGCUCUGAUUACCCUUCAUAUCAACCUUCAUCAACGCUGAUCGAUCUGCCAGAACCCAAAACGGUUAAAAUCCUCAUCAAUCCAUUCUUUAGGCCAAAGACAACAAAUCGAACAAGUGAAUCUUCACCAGAAAUCGAACCGCACAAGCAAAAUACGACAAAAUCAGCACGAGAUCGAACUCGUUCACCGCCAUCAUCUGAUAGAAAAGUCAUAGUAUGUUCGAAUAAAAUGCAGUAUGGGCGUGAAAAACGAAAAGGGAAAAAAGAACAAUUUAUGGAAGAAAAAAAAUUAUUAUUUGAAAAACAAUCAACAUCAUCUUCAAAACGAAAACAUUAUCGUUCAACAUCCGAUCGACGCGAACAUAAAAAUGACAAAUUAAAACGUUUAUAUAAACAAUAUUCUGAUGAAGAUCAAUACACAAAAUGGAAACCAUUAUUACUUGAAGAAUGUUUAGCUCUAUAUAAAUAUGCUAAUGAUAAAUAUCAUCGAAAAAUCUUUCCAUAA